CCGCAGCCGCGGCCCCAUCCACAUCCGUCGCCACACCCCCGCCCGCCCAUCACCACGCCGCCAUCCGUCCUCUCUCCGUCCAGCUCCUCUUCCGAAGCAGUGAAGUAAGCCUGCGCAUCCUCUACUUCUCUUUGAUAAAACUGGGCUUGGGCCCGUUUCACCACGAAGGAACAAGGGAAGGGAAAGCAAGGAACAAACGGCAAGCGCUCCGCCGCCCUCCCCGGUCGCCGCACCGCUUUCCUCCCACGUCGCAGCACCAGACGCCGCGCCCGUCGCCCGACUCGGAAGAACGGUCCUGGCCCGGCGCUGGCCCUCCCGCCGUUUGCCUGUACCUCUCCUGCUCGGAUCCGUGAGGGAUUCCGGUAUCCACGGCGUCUGAGUUCUUCCUGCUGUCGCCUUUGGCGAUUCGAUUCGUGCGUCUCGGAUUGUAAUUGGAAAAGCAGCCGCAUCAUAUUCUUUUUUUUUUACUUUUAGCUAUUUCUGAUUUUCCUCAUCUUGUUUUGAGGCCUGUUCCCGGGUUCUUGAGUUGUUAAUGUCAAGUGAGAAACCGAGUAUACCCAGACAUUGGUUUAAUCCCCCACCUUUUUUUUGCACAUGCUGUUAAUUCAAUAGCUGUCCUUCCCUCUGACACCCCAGAGGAAAAUAAAAGGAAAGGAAAAAUAAGUGUUGAGGUAGUGAAGGGGAAAAAAGAUCAAAUUUACAUUACAAAGGUUGAGUGUUAGGAGAAUUUGUAAUUCUCUGAGGUUGAGUGUUAGGAGAGUUUGUGAGGGCUGUGGAAUGUCGAAGGCGAAGACCAAUAAUGGUUAUCUUGGAGUCACUGAGCCAAUCUCGCUGAGUGGACCGACUGAUAAGGACCUUAUGCAGACAACUGAGGUUGAAAAGUACCUUUCAGACGCAGGACUCUAUGAGAGCCAAGAUGAGGCUGUCUUGCGAGAAGAGGUUUUAGGAAAGCUGGACCAGACUGUGAAAGCUUGGAUUAAGAAGGCCACUAGGAUCAGCGGGUAUGGGGAGCAAUUUGUGCAUGAAGCAAAUGCAAAGAUCUUUACAUUUGGUUCAUACCGUCUUGGGGUACAUGGCCCUGGUGCCGACAUUGACACCCUAUGUGUUGGUCCAAGACAUGCAACUCGAAACGAGUACUUCUUCAGAUGGCUUCACGAUAUGUUAGCUGAGAUGCCAGAAGUUUCCGAGUUACAUCCAGUACCAGAUGCUCAUGUGCCUGUUCUGGGGUUCAAAAUUAAUGGGGUCUCUAUUGACCUUCUGUAUGCUAAUCUUGCUCAUGCAGUGAUUCCUGAGGACCUAGAUCUUUCUCAGGACUCCAUACUGAAUAAUGUCGAUGAACAGACUGUUCGUAGUCUAAAUGGGUGUCGGGUUACUGAUCAAAUUCUAAGAUUGGUUCCAAACAUUCUGAGUUUUCGCACAACCUUAAGAUUCAUAAGAUAUUGGGGCAAGCGCCGUGGGGUUUACUCAAAUGUUAUGGGAUUUCUGGGUGGUAUAAACUGGGCAAUCCUUGUUGGUCGCAUCUGUCAACUGUACCCAAAUGCAUCACCGAGCAUGUUGAUAUCUCGUUUUUUCCGAGUCUACAGCAAAUGGAAGUGGCCUAAUCCUGUUAUGCUUUGCCAUAUUGAGGAGGGUUAUCUUGGUCUCCCUGUGUGGGAUCCAAGAAGAAAUUACAGAGACAGGGGCCACCAAAUGCCUAUUAUUACACCUGCUUACCCAUGCAUGAAUUCCAGCUACAAUGUAUCUGUUAGUACUAGGUAUGUGAUGACCCAAGAAUUCACGCGAGCGUUUGAGAUUUGUCAGGCCAUAGAUGAAGGAAAAGCAGACUGGGAUGCAUUGUUUGAGCCAUAUCCAUUUUUUGAAUCAUAUAAAAACUAUCUAGAAGUUAAUAUCACAGCAAGAAAUGAAGAUGAACUCAGGAGUUGGAAAGGCUGGGUGGAAUCUCGCCUUCGCACUCUUGUAUUAAAGAUUGAGCGAUAUUCACAUGAGAUGAUUCUUGCACACCCUUAUCCCAAAGAUUUCUCAGACAAAUCCAGGCCCUUACAUUGCUUUUACUUCAUGGGUCUUUGGAGAAAACAAACCACCCAAACUCAGGAAGCUGAGCAAUUUGACAUCAGGGGAAUUGUAAAUGAGUUUAAGAAUACUAUUUGUGCAUAUCAACAGUGGAAAGAAGGAAUGGACAUUGAAGUGUCUCAUGUAAAAAGAAAAGAAAUCCCUUUGUUUGUUUUUCCUGGUGGAGUGCGUCCUUCUCGUUCUUCUAGAACAGCACACAAGAACAGCCGUACUGUUCCAACAUGUGAUGUUUCAGCUGAUGAUCAGGUGGGAAACCUAUUGGGCGUUGCCAGUUGUAGUGAUGCUCAACCUGUAUCAUGUAAAGGCAGCUAUAUGAAACAACCAGAACCAGAUUGUGCUGGAGGCUUUCAGUUGCCGGGAAGUACUUCUGUGUUGCCCCCUAGCUUACCCAAUAAAGUAGCUUUGAAUGGGUCUGCUAAUUUUCAUGCAGAAUCUGUUGAGCAUGAACAUCCAGAACACUAUCAGGAAAGCAAGUUUGCGACUGUGCAGAAUGCUGUGCGCAAUGUAGUCAAGCAACCUAACAGUUUGCUGCCAAAUUCAAACAACGCUUGGCAAUUGUAUGGAUCUGAUUCCUCUCUUAACAAUUCACAAAGGGAAUGUGCAGGCAGUGCUGCAAACAACUUGCUGAACUUAUCCCCAGCUAUUCUAGCCACACCUGAUGAACUUGAUGAGCUGGUAUCCCAUCAUCAAGUUAAAGUUAAUCAGAAAGAUGUAAAUGCUGACCGGAGGCCAUCUUUGGAGAUCGGUUCUGAAAAUAACUUGGAACAAGUAUCCAGUCUGAGGCCCCAGGAUUCUAAUAAUAAUCUGAAGCGCAAAGCCAAUCAAGAGCUCGAGCCACUUGAGCUUGCCGCUCCAUCCACUGGUGCUGCGCCGCAAUCGACAGCAUCUGCCCCAAGAAAGCCACUCAGAUUGAGGCUGACGACUUUGGGCAAACCAAAGCCAGCUGAAGGAACUUCCUGAAUCGAAUUGCCCAGGAGCCAACAUGCCUAGAGUUCGUUUUUCCUUGUAUUGAAGCAAGGAUGUGUGGAAGCGCUCGGCACAUAGCCUGCUUUGGCACUGCGAGUUCAAAUGAAAGGGAAAAGGGUAAAAACGGAGGCCACCUGACGUAAAUGAGUGCAAUUGUAAUAAAUUGUGUAUAGUCCAUAGCUGAGUUGGCAUAGAUGUAUGCAGUGGUACGUUUUCUUGACUAUUUAGCUACGCUUGUAAUGCAAUGGAUCUGGUAAAUGACGUUAAACGGCAAUGGAUUUGAAGCAUAUGAUCUUCUCA